AUGGGGAUGGGAAAGAGCAUCAGGGAAGUCGGGUUGGUAGAUUUGUUGGGAGCUGGGCUUGAGCUUCAACAAGCUAAAGAGUUGGAAAGGGAGCUCAAAGAUAGUUAUGGGCUGGAAGGCAAGGAGCUAUGGCGUUCGAUAAUGGAUCGCAAGCUCUUGAAGCCGUGGGACCCACAUUCCCUUCAUCAGCUCGUCUACUACGCGGUCUACUCUAAUUACGAUGAAUCUCUCCAUGGACCUCCGCCCUAUUGGUUCCCAUCCCUAAAUCAGUCGAAAAACACAAAUUUGGGGCGUCUUAUGGAAUCUCACUGUCCUAAGCUACUUGGGGAAUCAUACAGAGACCCUAUAACAAGUUUCAAACAAUUUCAUCAGUUUUCAGUUCAGCAUCCUGAGAUAUAUUGGCAACUUAUACUGAAUGAGCUCUCAGUUCAAUUUCUCGUGCCGCCAAAAUGUAUUCUCGACACUUCCAAUGAAUCCAAGAAGGGAGCAACGUGGCUGCCUGGUGCAGUUUUGAAUAUUGCCCACUGUUGUCUGCACUCGAGCGAUUUAUUGAAAAAGCAUGAUGAUAGCUUGGCAAUUGUUUGGAGGAAUGAAGACCGCGAUGAUGAAAAUGUGGAGCAUAUGACGUUAAAAGAGCUGCGAGAACAAGUAAUGUUGGUAGCAAAUGCACUGGAAUCAGCAUUUUCUCGAGGAGAUGCAAUUGCCAUCGACAUGCCCAUGACAACGACAGCUGUUAUUAUAUACUUGGCGAUUGUGCUUUCCGGGCUUGUUGUUGUUUCAAUUGCAGACAGCUUUGCACCUCAAGAAAUAGCUACCCGUUUGCGCGUGUCGAAAGCUGAAGCAAUUUUCACACAGGAUUUUAUUCUACGAGGAGGACGGAGAUUUCCUUUAUACAGUCGAGUGGUAGAAGCCGGCCCAGAUAAAAUUAUUGUCAUACCAUCAACUGGUAUAGAUGUAGCUGUUCAAUUAAGAAAUCAAGAUUUGUCUUGGAAAGCUUUUCUGGAAAGUGCAUAUCGCCUGCCGAGAAGUAAUUACUAUUCACCAGUUUACCAGCCUGUUGAUGCCAUCACCAAUAUCUUAUUUUCUUCUGGUACUACAGGAGAGCCGAAAGCCAUACCGUGGUCGCAACUUUCCCCUAUUCGCUGUGCGGCUGAUUCAUGGGCACAUCUUGAUGUUAAAUCUGGGGAUAUUUUCUGCUGGCCAACAAAUUUAGGAUGGGUUAUGGGUCCAAUAUUACUAUACUCGUGUUUUCUAUCCGGUGCAACUCUAGCUCUUUAUCAUGGCUCCCCUCUAGGCCGUGGUUUUGGAAAAUUUGUUCAGGAUGCAGGAAUUACUAUUUUAGGAACUGUUCCUAGCUUAGUGAAGACCUGGAAGAGCACACGUUGCAUGGAAGGUCUUGAUUGGACAAAAAUAAAGACAUUUGCAUCUACUGGUGAAGCCUCGAGCGUUGAUGAUGACCUGUGGCUGUCCUCAACAUCCUUUUAUAAGCCGGUUAUCGAGUGUUGUGGGGGAACAGAACUCGCGUCCUCUUAUAUUCAGGGGAAUUUUCUGCAACCUCAGGCAUUCGGAACUUUUAGCUCCGCCUCCAUGGGCACAGGCUUUGUUAUUUUAAACGAAAAUGGUGUUCCUUAUCCAGAUGAUCAACCUUGUGUUGGUGAAGUUGGCUUACUUCCACUCUACAUGGGUGCGACUGACAGAUUACUGAAUGCUGACCAUGACGAGGUUUACUUCGAGGGUAUGCCGAUGUACAAAGGAAGGCAACUAAGGAGACAUGGUGACAUAGUGAAGAGAAGUGUGGGUGGGUAUCUAAUGGUGCAGGGUAGAGCGGACGAUACCAUGAACCUUGGAGGCAUUAAGACAAGUUCGGUGGAAAUCGAGCGAGUGUGCAACUGUGCGGAUGAAAGCGUCCUGGAAACGGCUGCCAUAAGUAUUGCGCCACCAAAUGGUGGGCCCGAGCAGUUGACUGUAUUUGUUGUGCUCAAGAAAGGGUCGAGCAUCAAGCCAGAUACGCUGAAGAUGAAAUUCUCAAGAGCCAUUCAGACCAACCUCAACCCUUUGUUCAAGGUGGGCUUUGUGAAGCUAGUCCCGGAAUUUCCGAGAACAGCAUCAAACAAACUGCUGAGGAGAGUGUUGAGAGAUGAGUUGAAGAAGGAGCUUCUAAUUCAGAGUAAAAUUUAG